GGCUGUGAUAUGAAAUCGAGGAUUCAUAUAUUUCUCAUUAGUGUUAUCUAUAUAUAGAUACCAGAACAUAUGAUUUUGCAUAGAAAUUGAAGAUUGCUACUCAAGUUAAUCUUUAAUACAAACUGAUAUUGCUUGCUAUGGAUAUCGAAGUUAUCAUGAGCUUAUUCCCAUCUAUACUGUCAUUACUGAUCAUUGCUAUAUCUUUGUUUCUCUGUUUCUUCUUCUUUCGAAAAACCAAUGCAAAUGUUCCACCAGGAUCAAGUGGAUGGCCAGUGGUUGGAGAAAGUAUCAGGUUUCUUCUAUCUGGUCCUCAGAAGUUCAUCGAAGAACGAACAAAGAAAUACUCAGAAGAUGUGUUCCAAACUUCUUUGUUUGGACAAAAAUUGGCUGUGCUUUGCGGACCACAGGGGAACAAGUUCAUAUUUGCCAAUGACACGAAACUACUCGCCUCCUGGUGGCCACUGUCCCUGAGAAAGGUCUUGUUUUUCCCCGAGUUUGUUCAAGCGACUUCAGAUGAAGUGACAGCUUUAACACAUGAUUUUAUGCAUGAUAUACUAAAGCCAGAGGCUCUGAAACAGUACAUUCCAGUGAUGGACUCGAUGGCACGCGAGCAUGUGGAAGUGGAAUGGGUUGGGAAUGAGGUAGUCAAGGUUUUUCCAGUUUCGAAGAAGUACACAUUUGACUUGGCCUGUAGAUUGUUUAUGAGUGUAGUUGAUGUUGACCAUGUUACAAGGCUAGCCGAGCAAUUUGCCCUUAUUGCAUCUGGGUUGUUCUCUGUCCCAAUUGAUCUGCCCGGCACUGCUUAUCGCAGAGCUAUCAAAGGAGGAAAAUUGGUACGAGCAGAGCUUAUGAAGAUCAUAGGAGAUAGGAGAAACGAAAUUUUGGAGAACAAGUUACAAGCAGCUACCAGAUCAGAUUUUCUGUCUCGAAUGUUGCUGGUGACUGAUGAAAAUAGGAAAUUUGAUCUCGAAAAGGAGAUAGCUAACAAUAUUAUUGGUCUGCUUUUUGCUAGCUAUGACACCACUAGUACUGCAGUCUCCUUUGUGUUGAAGUAUCUUGCAGAGAAUCCACAUAUUUACCAUGAGGUCUAUAGAGAACAAAUGGACAUAGCAAAAUCGAAAAGUGAAGGGGAGCUGUUGAAGUGGGAAGAUGUACAAAACAUGAGGUACUCAUGGAAUGUGGUGUGCGAGACUUUAAGGCUUAUUCCCCCUGGACUUGGCGCGUUUAGGGAGGUUGUCAAAGAUUUUACAUUUGCUGGUUUCACCAUUCCGAAGGGAUGGAAGACAUUUUGGAUGGUGCAUACAACACACAAGAAUCCAAAAUACUUCCCGAAUCCUGAAACAUUUGAUCCGUCAAGAUUCCAAGGGAGUGGACCAGCUCCAUACACUUAUGUACCUUUUGGUGGAGGAUCUAGAAUGUGUCCCGGAAAAGAGUAUGCUCGUCUUGAAAUUCUAGUGUUUCUUCAUAACAUUGUUACUAAAUUCAAAUUGGAGAAGACAAAUCCCCAAGAGAAGAUAGUAUUCCAUUCUUUCCCGGUGCCAAUGGAAGGCCUUCCACUUCGCAUAAUUCCUCAUAGUACUUAGAUGCACAAGUCAAGAACAUGUGUGUGUGUGUGUGUGUGUCUGUCCUGUUGUUCCUAUGUCAUAAUAAAUCCUGUGUGAAAGUUUAUCAUCAAAUUUUAGGGCGGAUCACGUCUUGAUCUCAAUGCGUAAUGGUUUAAAAUUAAUGUACCGGACUUCAAGACACUCUCUCUGCCUCUAGCAGAGGAAGGUCUUCCUGUGCGUGAAGAAGACCUGCACGCGUCUUUUGCUGUAUUCUGUUAUUUCAACUUCUAAAUAUACAUGUGUGUGGACA